AAACUUUGCCACCGCGCAUCUGUAGUGCGCAUGGCUCGCCAUGACAGAGUGAAGUGAUGAACAUAACCGUCUGUGCGCAAAAUAUUUCAUUUGUUGUGUAAAAUCGCGUGCUCGAGCUCAAAAUGCAUUCUAUAUCAGAAUUUGGGGCUAAUGUCCCGGCUUUCCUAGCCAAGCUGUGGAAACUUGUAGACGAUCCCGAAACCAAUGAGCUUAUUAGUUGGACGGAGGAAGGCACAAGUUUUUUCAUCAGAGACCAGGCUCAAUUUUCAAGGAAGUUGCUCCCCAUGUAUUAUAAACACAAUAAUAUGGCAAGCUUUAUUCGGCAACUCAAUAUGUAUGGCUUUCACAAAAUCGUGUCUGCGGAUGCAGGAAGUCUGCGGCUUGACAAAGAUGAAAUGGAAUUUGCCCAUCAAUUCUUUAUGCGUGGCCACCCAUACUUGCUGGAGCACAUUAAAAGAAAAGUGGGCAAGUCUCAACUCCUCACCAGCAAGCAGAUUGAUGAGAGCAAGGAUGGAAACAAUGGUGGUGUUGUGGUAAAAGCAGAAUUCAUGAACAAUGUCUUGUCAGAGGUCAAAAUGAUGCGUGGACGACAAGAGGCUGUUGAGAAUCGUUUGACAACGAUGAAGCAACAAAACGAAGCGCUGUGGAGGGAGCUUUCUGUUUUAAGACAGAAACACCUGAAACAGCAAAAUAUUGUAAAUAAGCUUAUCAGCUUUUUAGUUCAAUUAGUACAACCUAAUCAGAGGAUUAGCAAGAGAAAAUUUGCGCCUUUGAUGAUAAAUGAUGUGUAUCCCCCUCAUCCAAAUGGGCAAGACAGUGGAAAGGUUACAAAUCUAAGGGGGCCCUUAAUUAUGUCAUUGCGUGCCUCUCAGAGCAACAUGUCGCGGUCAUCUUCUGGACCAACUAUUCACGAGUUAGAUGAUUCAUUAUUACCUGACACGGACACACUCCAUUUGCCCGAUACUGAACUGGAGAUGGAUGGAAGCAUGGAGCCGGAGGUACUGAGCCCAAAUCCAGAAGUUCUGGAAAAUCUCGAUCCUUCAAUCAUCCCUCUCAUUACCUCACCAUCGUCAGUGACGUCAACGGAGGUAAAUUUAGCGGAAGGGUUGCCGUUGGGAGAAACCCUUAAAGCAUCCUCACCAAGUCCAGAGUUCCUUGCAGCCGCACCCCCUAAUGAACUGAGCCCUGCUAUUGUCCCCGCUCUUCUAGUGAGCAAGGGAAAGGCGCCUGCUCCUUUGCAGUCCCAACCACAGAAGAUCCUUACCCGAUCUUCAUCAGCAUCAUCAUCUUCAAGUUCAGGACCUGGACCCUCCAAGUCUAAUGUGAUGACUCGUAAAAGUGCUGCAAAUGCUGCUAAAUCAACCACACCUUCUAAAAUGGGGGCACAAGUUCAUGGGGUGAAAACCCUUGGUGGGGAGCAAGCUGCAACAGCAAAACGAGAGCUGAGAGUUUUACCUCCUCGCAAUAGAAGGAAGAAGUCUACCAAUGGAAAGGAAAUGUUACUGACUCCAAAGAAUGAACUCAUUGAUAAUAUAGUUGAAUCUGAGGACCUUCUUGCGGAGGUGGGUUUGACAAAUCCAUCACUGAGCCCAACCACGUCGUCUUUGAACCAGAACAAUGACCCUACACAUGGCUCCUUAAAUGGAUCCAUUCACUCACCGGAUCCGAGCCAGCAUCUAGCUUUCCCGCUACCGGAGUCUCCCAUUCCUAUUAUAAACUCGCCUGUGUCCUCACCAGCCUCACAGUGCAACAUGAUUUCAUCUAUGCCAUCGUUGUCUCCAGUGUCUGGCACAACAAUAACGGAUGUCACCAGUCCCAUGGUUGUUCAACAACCGGACAACACAGCAUCGUCAGAGCAACAGAUGUCGGAGUCAUCUCCUGUUGGACUAAAUUUACCUUAUGACAUGACUCUAGCAUGUACAUCUCAAGCAGGCUCUUCUCCAGGAAACUAUGUGACUGUCAAAUCACCGAGUUUCAAUAGGUGCGAGAUAAACGGAAAGGAUGAUCUUGACUUGCACGUUGGUACCAUCGAGUCAGAUCUGGGCACGUUAAAAGAGUUAUUUAACAACAGUGGUAUGCAAUUGGAUGCUAACACAUUACUAGGGCUUUUUGGAGAUCAAAUACUUUCAGAUCCAGAGGAAACAAACUUAAAUUCCAAGAUGGAUACAUCUGGCAAUGAAAUUAUGUAUUAUCAACCAGACUUCAUGGACUUAGAAGAUAUAUGGAACACAGAAAAUAUCAGAUCAACUCCACCACCUUCUCCUGUAAACAUCCUGUCAUCAGAACUCAAUACUCCUGUCAUGACACCAGCAAGCCCUGGAUUUUUCCCUGCAAACAAGAGGCGUAGAAAUUAGGGAACCUCAUCAAAAGAGAGGUACUUCUACCUUCUUUGUCUUGAAUCUUUCACUCAAUGUCCUUUUUAAUAGUGUUUUAAAAUAGAGAGAGAAUAAGGGUUUCUUUAAGGUUGACACCCAUUAGUUUUAUUUUAGGGUAAUGUGUCUGCUUAGGGAUUGACGGGUUUCUGAGCAGUAGUAGUAGUAGUAAGGGUUUCUGCUAAUUAAACAAGCUAAGAAUCGUGUGUAAAGACAAAUGAAUUUGUGUAUAUCUUGUAUUUUAAUGAAUAUGGUACUGAUGCUGAAGAAUUUCUCUCAUGAAGCACUAAAGGAAGUCAUGUACUGCUUGUUUUCCUCAGCUGAUUGCAUCAGUUAUUUGCAGUCACAAUAUAUUUACCAUUAGUUAGUUGAGAGUUUUAUUGGAGAAAUCUGGAGGUUGUCUGGAUAUAGACAGACAACUGGUUUAUUAAUUACAUUUCUCAAAGAUGCAUUUGAGGCUUAUAUAAAUCCUUGAGAUUUGCCACAUUUUAUAAAAGUGUAUAAAAUACAGUUCUGUAUUUCCUUUUGGACUAAAACACUUUGUUUUUGGCUGCAGGUUUACCUGGUUGCUGGCCCACUGCUCUCACAUUGUAUGUUAUAGUAGUGCUCAUAGGUGACAAGCAGUGCCUUUCUAGAUCAAACAAAUCUAUCUAAGCAAGUUAAUUGCAGUGUGGAUUGAAUAUAGACUUAACUACUGACUGCAUAAAGUUGGAGGAGCGGUACCUGUGACUGUGUUGCUUUCUUAAAGUGUUGAAAGUUAUUGGCUGUGCAUAUUGUGGGUUUGAUACAAAUAAUGUUAGUAGAAAUCAGAAAUUGAUUUCAAUUGUGCGUCUCUUCUACCUUUGUCUUUUAUAUAGUGUAGCAUGGCCUUUGAGUCCUCUUUUUCCUCCCUCUAAUGUAUGUCAGAUACAAGCUUUUAUGUCUACCACUAUACAAACUUCUAAGUAAAAAAAAAAUUAAAAAAAAAAUGUACAUACCAAGCAUGGAACCAGUCAGUUCAAAUUCUUUUACCUUAUGUUUUCUUUUUCCUGCUGUCUGUAUCAUCUUUUGACAAAGUAUUCAUAUUUUGACCUAGAUUUAUUUAAUCCAAGUUACAGGUUUCUGCUUAAUUAUAGAUAAGUAACAAGAAAAGGAAUGCCCAAGUGAAAAUCUAAAUUAAAUUCAUGAUUGUCCCUUUUCCAACUUCAAUUUCUCGCAAGAUUUUAUAAAGUGUAUUAACAUAUCAGUUUUAUUCAAUCCUAAGAAGAGGCCGGAGGAAAUAGAUGAAACUUUACUUAGGCUUUUACGAACCCAUUUUACUUGGAUGUGCUCCUUUUCUUCACCAGUUGCUAGUUACAGUAUUUAUAGAUGCAGAAUGUUUUUCUAGGGCAGUAUACUCAGUAAUGAAUUCCAACCUUGUAUCCACUAAAACCUAUGUUUAUGGUGUUACAAUUUGCUCACAGAUCACGUUUGUAUUACACCCAAGCAAAACAUAAAAGAUAGCACAUUGUUUCAGAUAUCUUAUGACCCUUUUCAUUUUUUUAAAUUUUUUUUUGGGGGGGUAAAUUAUUGCUGCUGUUUGUCAGUCUCUUCGAUUUUAACAGGAGGUGCCAUAGUGUACAGUUGUAUAGCUAUCUUGGUUGAAUGUUUUGCAUUAAUGGUGAGGAAUAGUCUUUAUUAGUUGCCAGGCAUUAAUAAUCCAUUUUUCUGUAGCAUUGUGGAGGUAAAGACAUAAAAUUAUGUCUUUGUUUUGGCUGUUCAUGCUCACAUGCAUUCAUUCAAAUUGUUAAAAACAAAAAAAAAAAAUAAACAGGUUUGUGUUUGAAGUUUCAAGCCAGCAUUUUUUGCAUCAGAAAAACCAAUGGGUUUAUUUAAUUGUUACGUGUGCUUGUUAUGUAUGUAAGGUUUGAUGGUAGUUUUUGGAAUGGGCCUUAAGAUAUUUUUUCAUGAUUCAUUUGUAAGUUGUUAUGUGACUAUUCUUAUUGCAAAUAAGUAAUAAUAGAUUUAUGUACUGCAAGUAAAUUUGAGUAAGUUAAAUCCUAAAGUUUUUUUUUUUUACUAAAGAUCUACAGGAAGCUGCUGGUAAAGAAGAAACGAAGUGUGAUGUUUUUCUUCCAUGUGUUAGCUACACUCAGGGAUGUCAGGGUAAAGCCAUUAAUAUGUGACCAAGUGUUGUGUAUCAGAUUUAAAUUGAUGAUGCCAUGCCCUAUCGCAUUUGUUUUGCUUAUUUGCAAAUAUUACUGUGUUGUACCUCCUGUCAAAUGAUAGAUUGCUGGAUCAGAUGUUCCAUGAUAUCGUACAAUUUAGGUGUUCUGUUCUGACAUGACUUAAGUUGACUAGAAAAUUUGAAGUUAUGUUUUUUUUUUUUUUUGUUAUUUGUGUUUUUUGGUGCCGCAUUUCUUUGCUAAGAUUAUUAAUACAAUUGUUAUAAUUAUUUUUGCUUGGCAACCAAAGGCGCCAUUCCUCUCCUCUUUGAGUGUAAGGUCUGAUGAAGAAUAUGAUGUGGAUUGUGGAUCUAAGGAAGGCGUGCUAUCAGCUUUAGUUCCAGCAAACACAAGCACAAAGUCCUAUUGUCUUACUGUGCCGUUUGUUUCUGUACAUGUUGUGUAAAUUGUGAAAGUAAUUAACAGUUGUCCAGCACUGAACAUGUUUAUGUUUGCAAUGUAUAUAAUGUUGGUUUUGGCAUGUUAUGUAUUUGUACAAUAUUACAUGACAAAUAUAUUAUAUUUAAUGUUA